GGGGGGGGUGGGGCGGGAGCGCCAAGAUGGCGGCGGCGGCGCCCUGAGCCCCGCGGAGCGCAGCGCGGGAGCAGCGCUGCCAGGGGAGGGAGGGCAGCGCCAUGGAGGCGGCGUGCGGCGACGGCGGCCACGACGGCGGCGGCCAUGACAGUCAUGGCGGCGACCACGACGGCGGCGGCCAUGACGGCCCCCACCACCACCACCACCACCACCACCACCACCACCACCACCAGCAGCAGCAGCAGCACCACGGCAGCCAUCCGGGCCUCCUCCACGUGGACUUCCCCGAAAUCACCAGCGCCCUCCUGGCCAACCUGAACCAGCAGCGCGUGGAGGGGAAGCUGUGCGACAUCUCCAUCCACGUGCAGGGCCGCGUCUUCCGCGCCCACCGCGCCGUGCUGGCCGCCUCGUCGCCCUACUUCCACGACCAGGUGCUGCUGAAGAACAUGACCUCCAUCGUCCUGCCCAACGUCAUGGACCCCUCGGCCUUCGAGACGGUGCUGGGCUCGGCCUACACGGGGCGGCUGUCCAUGGCGCCGGAGGAGAUCGUCAACUUCCUGACGGUGGGGAGCGUCCUGCAGAUGUGGCACAUCGUGGAUAAGUGCACCGAGCUGCUCAAGGAGGGCCGCGUCGCCGUGGGGCUGGCGGCGGCUGUGGGGUCGUCGUCGUCAUCGGUGGGGCCGUCGUCGUUGGGGUCGUCGUCGUCGUCGGUGGGGCCGUCGUCGCUGGGGUCGUUGUCAAUGGGGCCGUCGUCGUUGGGAGUGGGGCCGUCGUCGUCAAUGGGGCCGUCGUCCUUAGGGAUGGGGUCGUCGUCGUCAGUGGGGCCGUCGUCGUUGGGGUCGUCGUCGAUGGGACCGUCGUCCUCCGUGGGGCCGUCGUCAAUGGCGGUGGGGCCGCUGUCCUCCGUGGGGCCGACGUCGUUGGGAAUGGGGUCGACGCCGUCCUCCGUGGGGCCGUCGUCGUUGGCCGUGGGGCCGUCGUCGUCCUCCGUGGGGCCGUCGUCGUCGUCGCUGCGCUCCCACUCCAGCCGCACCAGCGACAACCAAUCCCCCAGCAGCUCCAACUACUUCAGCCCCCGCGAGACCCCCGAGGAGCCCCCCAGGGCCCCCCAGCCCCGCGACGGGGCGGCCUCCAAGAGCUCCGCGGACGCUCUGGAGCCGGAGGAGGAAGAGGAGGAAGAGGAAGAAGAGCCGACGCGGCGGCCCCUCUACGUGCGGCCCAGCAUCGUGCCCCACAAGCAGUGGGUCUACGUCAAGCAGGAGUGGCUGCAGGAGGAUUUGGUCCUCACCUGCGAGGAGGACGAGGACCCCCUCCCCCCCCGCCCGCCCAAGACGGAGGAGGAGGAGGACGAGCAGGUCGACUUCUGCGAGUCCUCCGAGGACUUCCCGUCGCCCUACGGCGGCCUGGAGGAGCCCCCCGAGCCCCCCGGCCUCCCCCCCCGCCCGCUGCUCCCCAUGGACAUGCAGGGCAAUCAGAUCCUGGUGUUCCCCCCGCAGCCGGCGGCCGAGCACGGCGCCGUGCGGCUCACGGCGGCCCCGGACGGCAAUAAGAUCUUCAUGUGCCACUGCGGGAAGGCCUUCUCCCAUAAGAGCAUGCGCGACCGCCACGUCAACAUGCACCUCAACCUGCGGCCCUUCGCCUGCCCCGUGUGCAGCAAGAAGUUCAAGAUGAAGCACCACCUGACGGAGCACAUGAAGACCCACACCGGCCUCAAGCCCUACCAGUGCGACGUCUGCGCCAAGAAGUUCAUGUGGCGCGACAGCUUCGUGCGCCACAAAGGGCACUGCGAGCGGAGGCACCGCGCGGCCCGCGCAGCCCCACGGCGCGCAGCCCCCCGGGACCCCCCGGAAGGGGGGCGGGGAGUGGGCGGAGGCGCAGAGGGAGGCGGCGUUCGGAGGGGGGAAGGCGUGAAAGGGGGGCGGCGGUGGGGCGGGGGGGGAUGCGGGGACGCCCCGUAGCAGCCCGUGGGGCCGGGGGCGUCUGGGUCCGUCCUAUGGGGACGUCUGGGUGACGCCUCGGUCCCAUCCAUCCCACGUGGACAUCUGGGGCCAUCCCAUGGG